GAACAAAAGCCCCGGCAGUGGAGUCUGGCAAGGCAAGGAGGGAGCAUGGGGUGUUUUUGAAUAAUUAUUAAAAUGAGCAUGUGUCUGCGCCAUCCUGUGGGUGUGGCGCAGAGCGGAGUGUAAACUCUAGCGGGGCCGAAGCAAACAUUGGCUUAACGGCAGCAGCUGCCAGCCUGUGCCUAGGAGUGUGGCGACUAGCGCGGUGGCAAGCAGACCAGCACCAUGGCCUCAUCUCAGGGGAAAAACGAGCUGAAAUUCGCCGACUGGAUGGCAACUCUGCCUGAGAGCAUCCACAGCAUCCCCCUCACCAAUUUAGCCAUCCCAGGGUCCCAUGAUUCCUUCAGCUUCUACAUUGAUGAAGCUUCUCCAGUAGGCCCGGAGCAGCCAGAAACAGUUCAAAACUUUGUCUCUGUGUUCGGAACUGUAGCCAAGAAGUUGAUGCGGAAAUGGUUAGCCACUCAGACGAUGAGCUUCACAGGUCAGCUGGGAGCUGGAAUCCGUUACUUCGACCUUCGAAUUUCCACCAAGCCCAGAGACCCAGACAAUGAACUGUAUUUUGCUCACGGCUUAUUCAGUGCCAAAGUCAAUGAGGGUCUCGAAGAGAUCAAUGCAUUUCUCACAGACCACCACAAAGAGGUAGUAUUCUUGGACUUCAACCAUUUUUAUGGGAUGCAAAAAUAUCACCAUGAAAAACUGGUCCAAAUGCUGAAAGACAUCUAUGGAAACAAGAUGUGCCCAGCCAUUUUUGCCCAGGAAGUGAGUCUAAAGUACCUAUGGGAAAAGGACUAUCAAGUACUGGUCUUCUACCACAGUCCAGUGGCACUGGAAGUGCCCUUCCUCUGGCCUGGACAGAUGAUGCCAGCACCCUGGGCAAACACGACAGACCCAGAGAAAUUGAUCCAGUUUCUUCAGGCAUCCAUCACCGAGAGAAGAAAGAAGGGCUCAUUUUUUAUAUCUCAGGUGGUGCUGACACCCAAAGCAAGCACUGUGGUCAAGGGUGUGGCAAGUGGACUCAGAGAAACAAUCACAGAGAGAGCUCUUCCCGCCAUGAUGCAGUGGAUCCGCACCCAAAAGCCAGGAGAGAGUGGCAUCAAUAUUGUCACUGCCGAUUUUGUAGAACUUGGUGACUUUAUCAGCACUGUCAUAAAACUCAACUAUGUCUUCAAUGAAGGAGAAGCCAACACUUGAUAUUACUCUUCUGGGUGUCCAUGAGGAAGAUAGAGAAGCCUCAUUGUAUUAGACAUAUUAUCAAUAAGCCCUCUGAUUUUCCUGUUCCACUGAGUCUCUGAAGGAAUGGGGCUUAGAAGUGAGUGGGAAAUGAGGGUAAACCAUGUCUUCAGUGAUUGUAACCAUAUUCUGCAUUGCUAUAAAUACGUCAUUUCCAAUUUGGUGACCAAAAUCUACUUCUAGUGUUAGGAAUAGAAAAGAACAGUGAAUUUCAUUUUUCAAAAUUAAUGUUUGUGCAGUGUAACUCAUGAGUGUUUACUAGAUUGCAUUUUCUGAUUUCAACCUCAGGCCCCUGUAUUAUUCAUAGUCUCUACCCUUUCCACUCCCUCUCUCUUGCUCGCUCUUCCUAAUUAGAUGCUAUAUGGGUCUCAAAACAACUGAAUGCCCGACAUAAUGUGUAUUUCAUUGUUGUGCCGAAAUGUGUUUGUUUUGUGAGACUUGGUAAAAAUAUUCCAUAGUCAUCUGCAAUUGGGCAAUCAUAGCUAAUUCUUGGUCGUAGAAAAUAUGCAUCAAAUCAGUCUCCCUGCAUCAGUAAUAUUGGCAGUCAGGAGUGAUUUUGUAUUUUAUGAAAACAACAGCAUUUCACAGCGGCUGUGUGCGAGGCAGCUAUGGCUUUCAUGCAAAAAGACUCUUGGAAAGACUGAGUGUCAACUUCACAGUAAAAAAAAAGAAAAAGAAUGGUAUAUACACAGAUAGAUGCUAUUUUAAUUCAGCAAAGACUUAAGUAAUAAUGUCCUGCAAAUGUCAAACUACAAAUGUGUGGAAAUCAGAAAAAAAUAUGAUUUCUUUAAAUUCUUAAACUUUAAAAGUUCUCUUAAUAAUUGCAUUUUUUCUAAAAAUAGAAAAAUAAAGACCACGAGACUGUAAUACAAAAUUGGAAUUCUAAAUGCACAAAUCUAAAACCCAGAUCAUGAAAAAAUGUUAAAGUAGCUUUAUUUAUGUUUGUUACUUAGAAAGAAGAAGAUGAAGGGAUGCAGAGGGAAUUCCCUUUACAAAUUCUCUCAAUAUGGAUGAUCUCCAAGACUCAUUUACAAUUAGCAUUCUGAGUUCCAUACUGCUAGAAGCUAGACAAAGACCAAGGAGCUGAAGUCUCAUACAAAUUUCUGUGGCAUUACUUUUGGUAAUCCAGGGGAAACAAUAUUAACACUUUUUUUUUUUGUGAGUACUGAAUCCUUCUCGGUAUCUUUGUAGUAUUUGACACAACUCUAAAAAACCAACCUUCUAAGAGCACAAUAUGUUUCAAGGGAAUAAUGUGAGGGAUUAGUAAAAAUCUAUACAAUUACUGAAAUUUCUAAAAUUGCACAUUAUUUUAUCUUCACACAUAGAAAUUAUCAAACAAGUAGUUUCUCUGGACAAAGAAAUUCCAUGCAUAUCAGACUCCUAGGAGGGAAAAAAAAGCAUUCAUUUGGCUUUUAAUUAAUUAAAUGGAGGACAUAUGGCUUAAUUCCUUUAGCCUAGAUAAGGACUUGAUUUCAAGUCUACAUCUCAAUAUUAUAAACAACCAAGAGUUAACUUAGAUUAUAGAUAGUCUUCAUUAGAAAACAGCACAGACCAACAACUACAGAAUGAACAAAAAUUGUCAUUUUUGAAGAAUAUGUUGGUGAAAAAUGUGUUUAGACUAAAUAACUUGCAUAUGCACACAACAGAUAUGUUGAUAAUUCCAGAUCUCUGUGUGUAUUUUGUCACACAUACUCUGGUGCAGACAAACAAAUACAGAUCAUAGGCAAACACAGAUUAUAGACAAACAUAAUGCAAUUAUUUUUUUCAAAUAAAGACAGUGACAUUAGUAAAUUAUUUAAUUUGAAGAAGAAUUCCAGAGCCAGGCAUGAGUGCACAUCUGUAACUGUGGAACUUGAGAACCAGGAGAAUCAGUACUUCUUCAAGUCUAGCCUGGGCUACACUGUGAGCUCAAAGUACCCUGAGUUAUAUCUGGAGAUCCUAUCUCAAAAAACCUAAAUAAUAAAAUCAAGAUAGCACCCUUCAGCAAUGUAUGGAAAAUGUUAUAAGACAUUUGAGAAUGCAGUAGUUCAUCAUAUAAAAUGUUUUUUUAUAAAAUAUUAUAGAUUGAGACUUUAAUAUUCACAAAAUAUAAUGAUUUCCCUGUUAACAUGUCCAUCUUGUGCAAGUCUAUUAUCUGUCUAUUUCACUUGAUCUUCUUGCACAGAGAAACAAAAACUUUUUAAAAAGAGACUGUCGAUUAUUGACAUUAUGCUCUAUAAAUUUGCUCUCUGACUACUCAGUUUUGAUCGCCAAGCACAGUUUCAAUGACACAGUUAGUUAUCUAUCUUACAGUAUGACAGAAAGAGGUGCUUAAUCUGUUAGUAAGAAAAUGGAUGCAAUGUAGAAGUGGUCGUAUUAUAUUUUCCUGAACUUGGAUGCUUCCCUACAGUUUUUGUGAUAUUUAUUAUGUGGGUGCUGGAAAGAAUGGACAUAAUGAAACACUGGACUGAAAUUUCCAGACUAGGAAAGAGGGGGUUUUGUUAGUUUGUUUAUUUGUCUGUUUUUUGAUUUGGGUUUUUUUUUUUUUUUUUUUGCCAUUAAUGAUGUCUGCACAGAAAGUGCUUUCAAUCUGAACUUAUGAUUUCCAUGUGGAUACACAGUUAGCUCCUAGGCAGUAGGCACUGAGAUAAAAUGGACUUGCCUUAACUUCUAAAGAGGGACUAAAUAGAAAUAAAUCACAAGAGAAUUCCCUAAACUACUUCCCUAGAAAAGGGAAAUGGAGAGAAGGUGCCUUUGGCUGUUUGCUGGCCACUGGCCCUGCUGUGGAACACAGGCAUGGAGCGGACUGUGAGCCUUCCAUGGAUAAAUGACGGUGUGUGCUCAAGACUCUCGAUUAUGCUUUGUCUUUCCUGAGUCCUGGGAGCACAAGGGCUACACAUAGGCUUCAAGUGGAGGUAUGUCUUAGUGUACUAAAACCCAGCUGUUACUCAACCCAGGACAACAAAUCCGCGUAGUGAGCAGAACAAGGGAGAAUCCUCAGAUGAAUCCACUUUUACAUUUGCUUUCCUGUCAGUAACUCUGAAGGAGCAAUAGAGCAAAAACGUCUGCCAUUACGACUUAUGUCUCCUUCCUACACAGUCCUGUGAGCACAGAGAAGAUGAGGGAGGCAUCCUUGAAAAGCCUUAGGAUAUUUUAUAUGGUAACCUCAAAGUUCACUUUCAGCCAUAUUGGGAAAACUCUCUUUUCACAGAAUGCUUCCUAACAGAGAAUGUAUCAGAGCAUAAAAUAUUUGGCAAGACACACUCAUCAUGCACAUGUGUGUGUAUAAGCAUGCCUGAGCACACGCGUGCAUGAGCGUCUGUGCACACACACACACACACACUCAUAUAGUGUUGAAGUCACACCCUAUAUUGGCCUAACUGGUUUUAUUGCAAUUUUAACUCUUGAAAUCAAUAUUUCUUAUGUUAUCGGGCUUAAAAACAGUUCAACUAUUUGAAUAUUUAAAGGGAAAAAUUAUUAAGAAAUAAUCGAUGAAAAGUAUGAUUAUCAGAAACCAGAACCGCUGGGCAGUAAGUGCUCUAAUUAUACUGUCAAUCACAUCUCAAGACAAAAGAUCUAAUGAAAAUUUAAAUAUAAAUGUUUAAGCACACAUCUUCACUCAAAGCUGCUUGAGUCCUGUGAAGUUCUGAGGUGUUUUUAGGCAGUGCUACCUAUCCAGGUUCCUACCUGUUGGAAUUACAGACUGGAGAGCUGGAAGUCUCAGGAAAUGCACGCUUUUGUUAGGUUUUUAGUUCUACUGUUUUUUACAAAUAUUUUAAUGACACAAAGGUCUAACUUUUCUCUGGUUGGUCAACCAAAGAGGAGCAGUAUAGGUCAGGUGCUCGCACCCUGAACAGCUAAGAGAAAAUACUGCGCAGUGGCCCUCAGGAGAUGCUAAAUGAGAUCUCUACAGUGUUUUAUUUUGCUAUAUUUUGGUCUUUUCCUCUAGCUUUCAGUGACACCAUGGUGUGAAUGCUCUAUUUGCCAUAACUUUUUGGUGGCUCCUGUGUAACGUGCAGUUUAAACAUAAUGUUCCAAAUUGUCUGUUUUUCAAAUGACAAUAAGAAAACAUUCUAUAGAAUUUGUAAAAGGUGUUAAUUGAGAAAUGUGUAGUUUUAUUUUACUUGUGAAACAAUUUUGUAGUUCUUAGUUCUGAUCAUAAAUUUGUAUGAGUCAAAAUUCCGUGCUUGUCAGUGGUAAGUGUAAUUAUAUUGUAUCUUCUCAAGAAACUUAUCCUAAAGAAAAAGGGCACAUCAUGACUAGCCUUAACUCACUGUCAUUUUGCUGGUUUUGUUUGGCUUGUUUUUGUUGCUGCAGUUGGACUCCAAUUUUUAGCAGAAAUUGCAUUUCUUCUAGAGAUGGCCCUUAAGUAGUCUUGCAGAGCAUAUGCUCUAGAGAGUUGCUGAGUUCCCACAGCUCAACUGUCCAGUUUGUGAGUGACUCAGCUGUGCUUUUUGAUUAUUAAAAUCAUCUAGUUUAAUAACUUCAUUCUGCAGUAGAAAACUAAAUUCUCAUUUAUUUCCAUCAGUUUCAGAAUGAACACCAAAAUUCCAACACAAUAUUUGGUAAUGAUAGGUCAUUUCCACUUUAAUGAUAAGGUUUCCAGGGGAUGACAUAUCUCUAACUCACUGCAUUUGAACUUUGGAUCAUAAGAAAUAAGAGAGAUUGCCUUGGACCUAUGGGAAUCACUGAAGCUCCAUUUACAUGGGGUAAUUCCAUUGUAUGAUUGGCUUCUCCACAAAACCAGCCACAAUGUUCAUCUUUCUUUUUUUUUCCCAUGUGCAACAGGAAACCCCCAACCAAUCUACAUAGGUGGUCAUGUUGGAAACAAAACUGUAAUCUAUUUUAGGCUUAGACUUUGUUUAUAAAUAGUUUCCUUAUUUCUUCCAGUCUCUGUUUUUUGUUUGUUUGUUUGUUUUCUAAUAUUUAUAGUUGCCAAGUAAAGUAGAGAACAGCAGUGAAAUUCAAAUCUCAGUUAAGUAAUUAAUAUGCUACUGAAGUUCCUAUAUGGUUAACCAGGACGCUUGCUUACAUUGCUCAGAAAUGCUUAUAUAGGGUUCAAUUUUAAAUGGAUACAUUCCCUGUUGCUUCUUUAAAUCUGGCAACAGUAUACAUAAUUCCUCCCAAUGUUUUCAGCCAGGCUGCUGUGAGCUCUGAGAUGGCCAUUCUCCUAUAUUUUUAAGACAAAUCAUAAAAUCUGAAGAAAUAUUGUUUCAUGAAGAAAAUAUUGUCUCACACUAAGUGAUUUUCAAGAAUCAUCUCAAAGUCAUUUGAAUAAUCAAAAGAGUAUCUUCAUUAGAUGAAUGCGGCCAAACUUAGAUUUUUCUUAUAAUGUCAUGUUGGAGGUCUAGACUCUGGCUAUUAUUUCUGGAAAUAGUAUUCUCCAGCUAUUGAGACAACCAAAAACACAGCAUAUGUUAAAAGCUGCUCUUGGAAAGUGAGCGUACCUUCUAAUGCAAGACCAGAACCUGUUCUAGAAUUCAAUGUGGUUUCCUAUGAUAGCGUAAUCAAAUGAAUCCAUCAUGCCAAUCCCUAUCAGUCACACCUCAAAUUUAUUUUAUGAAUUACAAGAAGUCAUCUAAGUGACUGUAGAAUAUUUGACAGAAGGAACUCUUCAGUGAGAGAGAAAAGAAUCCAAAGUAAAUGCAGUCUAGUCCUGAAAGCUUCUCCCCACAGUAGAGGAUGAUGCUUGGUCCUUGAGAGAAAGCCCAUGACAGAGAAUUGCCGAAGCAGAUUGUAUUGAGCAAUUGGUUUUCAGGAACUGAAACUGAAAAAUCCCUCGGAUAUGAAUUAAGAGAUCUAAAUCUGGUACCUAGGUUAUCUUUCAAAGACUGAAACCAUGCUGGAAUUCCUAAAUUAAUACCCAGUGCUUUGAACACCAAGUCCUUCCUAGGGUGAACAUGGACAGAGUUCUGAAAAAAAAAUUAUGGUAGCUACCUCUUCUUUUGAAAUGCCUAGGGGGAAAAAUAGGAACACUCAAAUCCCAUAAUAUUUUUCCAUAUCGUGAUUGUUUUCUACACAUAUUUGUGUUGAUUUGCUUCAUUUCUGGAGAAACAGAAUGUGUAGAGCUGGUGAUGUUUCCUUCACUGACCCCAGGAGUUCACCAGAGGAAGUCAGAUCUGUGCCUUCUCUUUUUAGGAUUUGUUCAUUGAUACUUUAGUAAAUGUGCUGUAAUGAAAAUUCAUGCCUAUAUAGUCUGUAUAGAAAAUGUGAUUUUUUUUAUAGAUAUAAAAUUGUGUUCUAAAUGUUUAAAAAAAAAGGUUUAUUUGUAGCUAGUGAAAUUGCCUAAUAAAGUCCUGGAACCAGUUCUGUUUAGUUUUUCCAAUUUAUAUUCAUCCAUGCUUCAUUAUAAGCAACAAAGUGUGUCUCUCAAGUAAAAUAUGAUUAAGAAUAUCUUCAAAAACAUCAUUACACCAGAAUUUUCUUUACAAAAAAAAUACUUCUGUACCAAUAAAAUGAAAGUAUUGCAUGCUUUGAUUAUGUUAAAGGUGUCUCUUAAUGUUUAAUGUAAUUAUCUGAUACCAUCACUUGU